AUGCCUCGAGACUCUCUGCUCGCAUCUAAACAAGGAAGUUCUUUGCCCAGUUUCUCUCAGACCAAAGCCACGAAUUCCACGCAGCCAAAGAAUGUUACUAGAGAGAUCGACGGUCUUGAUUCUCCGAACAACAGCAAGUUUCACCACCUCUACAAAUUCGAACUCGAGCAUGAUGUGAAGCGAUUAAAAGAUCAACUGCAGAAAGAGACUGCACUGCGAGCUCUAUUGCUGAAAGCUUCUGAUCAAAGCCAUAAGAUUGAGCUGUCUCACAUAUCUUCACUUCCACGUAGUGUUCAAGAACUUCUCUCCAAUAUAGUAGCUAUGGAAGCUACGGUCUCUAAGCUUGAAGAAGAGAUCAUGUCUCUGCAUUUCUUGCUGAUUCAAGAACGAAACGAGAGAAAACUCGCCGAGUACAGCCUCACGCAUUCUCUGUCUCCACCUAAUGCUACAGAUUUGGCUAAUUUUUCCGAAGAGAACGAGACUUUAUGCCGCAAAGAUCACAGAGCACAGCCUAAAAGCAAACUGGUAAAGUCUUUGCGAAGUUAUGAUAACGCUAAUGAGCUAUCCAAGGAGAUGAUAAGAUGCAUGAGAAACAUAUUUGUGUCUCUUGGAGAGACAUCUGCUGGAUCUAAAUCCUCACAAGAGAUUACUGGUUUGUCACCUCGCAAGAGUCCAUCGUCAUCAUCAACAUGGUGGUCGCCUUCAGAACACUCGCGGAUCUCCAAGUGGGUACAGAGCCCACGAAUCGAUAUUCAGAAGAAUUCAGAUGUUUUAGCAACAGAGAGCAACGCGUUUGAUCCGUAUAGAGUCCAAGGAAAGCUGGGCUGGGCUGAUAUAGGAAGUUACAGAUCCGCAACUGAAGUGGCUUCCAUGUCUGUUGAGGAGAAACGGCUCGGAUAUGCUUCAGAGGAGUUAUGGAGAUUCAGAAACCUCGUCGAAAGACUUGCCAGAGUAAAUCCAACAGAGCUAAGCCACAACGAGAAGCUCGCCUUCUGGAUCAACAUAUACAAUGCCUUGAUCAUGCAUGCAUACUUGGCAUAUGGCGUACCAAAAACCGACUUAAAGCUCUUUUCCUUGAUGCAAAAGGCUGCUUAUACAGUUGGCGGGCAUUCAUACAACGCAGCAACGAUCGAGUACAUGACUCUAAAGAUGAAACCUCCUCUGCAUCGACCUCAAAUCGCUCUGCUUCUCUCCAUUCUCAAACUGAAAGUAUCAGAAGAACAGAGACAGGCGGGGAUAAGUACGCAUGAACCUCUAGUGUCUUUCGCUCUCAGCUGCGGAAUGCACUCAUCGCCAGCGGUGAGGAUAUACUCAGCCGAGAACGUAGGAGAAGAGCUUGAAGACGCUCAGAAAGAUUAUAUCCAGGCGUCAGUGGGAGUGAGCCCCAGGGGGAAGUUGAUUGUCCCCAAAAUGCUUCACUGUUUCGGUAGGAACUUUGUCGAUGACUGUAAGGUUGCUCUGUGGAUUUCACGACACCUGCCUCCUCGCCAUGCCGCAUUUGUUGAGCAGUGCAUUCACCGGAGACAACGGUGGGGUUUUCUCGAUUCAUCAAGCAGCAAAUGCGAUGUUAUUCCUUUUGAUUCACGGUUCCGGUAUUUGUUUCUCCCGUAA